AUGGCGGCGGCCAUUUCCGUCCGUGACGUCAUCGGGAGGCGCCGCGCGACGAUGCUGGAGGCGCUGGGCGGCGGGGGGCUGCUGCUCGUCAGGGAGCCCCCUCCCCGAAUUGUGGCGCUGCUGCACCAGGACCUGCACCCCCCCCAAAUUUUGGGGGCUCUCGGGGGGCUCGCCCGGGCCCAGCUGAUCCUGGGGGGGCCCCCCGAGACCCCCGGGGCUCCCCGGAGGCUGCGGCUGCUGCGGGACCCCCAAAAACGGGGGGGACCCCAACAGGAGACCCUGACCCUCCUCCCCGACGGCUCCUUGGGGGGCCCCCCCCAGACCGAGCCCCCCCCGAGCCCCGGGGACCCCUCCCCAAAUUGGGGCGAGCCCGAAACGCCCCAAAAAUCCCCAAAUUUCGGGGGGACCCCCCUGACGUUCCGCCUGGGGCUGUCGGGGGCCGAGCGGGCGGCCAGGGCGGCCCUGACCCCCCCGUACCUGCUCAGGAGCGACCCCGAGCCGCCCCCCGAGGACCCCGAGGACCCCGACGAGGACCUGGAGCUGUGACCCCCCCCCCGGGAACCCCAAAUUUGGGGAGAAAAUCCCCAAAUUUGGGACCCCAAUAAAGGAGCUGCUGCCCCCCCA